GAAAAAAUAAUGAAAGAAAACGCCGACAUUUAAGGUCGCCACAUGGACGGGUCUUUCUUCACUGAUUCACAACGGCUAGUUUGUAGCUUGAAGUGACUGUUCUCCAACAUUCAAAAUCUGCAUAACACCAUCUUCUUCAACUCUCUCAAAAAACACAUUAUUAUUACUCUUUUUCUCAAAAAGUCUUCUACUGAACAAUCGAGAAUGGUGUACUCCUAUUACACGCCCACCUACUAUUCAACCCUCCAAGACUCAAUCACCUCGCUGUGCAAGACCAUUCUUCCCUUCAGCUUCAAAAAACGACCUUUACCUGCGGCGGAACAUAAAUUGUCCAAGCUGCAAUCAGACAACCUCAAAUGGCAGCAAGACUCCUUCCACCAGGUCCUCAACUUGAUGGGUCUCCACAAAGAAGGCAUCGUCGCUGAAUCCGAGGUUUCAGCCUUCAGAACCCACUUGCUCGACACCCUCAUCGCUUCUCCCCCAGAACAAGAACACCCCGUUAUAUUAAGAGACAAGCUCCUCUUCCUCCAGGAACUUCUUUAUGCCAAGUGCAUUUCUGAAGAAGAGUACCAUUCUUCUAAGAGGCCAUUGCUGCAGAGACUGGCGGCUCAAGGGGCUCAGAUUGAAGCUAGGGAUGUGAUUGUGGCAAGGACUAAGGAUUCAAAAGAGAAUUCAGAAGAUGAGUGGUCGGUGAUUGACUUGAAGGAUGAGAAAUGCUCAAUGAACAAAGAGAAUUCGAGUUCUACUAAGAGCAGGUCCAAUCAGGGAUCAGCCAUGAAGCAAAUCAAAGGAGCAGCUUCAGUUUUUGGUUUUGCCAAAGGUGGCAAAAAUGAAAAGAGCAUAUUUGAUUCACCUUCUUUGUCUGCCAAAAAUGAAAAGCCCUUCUGUGAAGGAGGGUCAAUUCUUAUGGAGGAAAGUGGGCCUCCAGAAAUAGUGAAGGAGAGUAGUGGUGUGGACAAGUUGAAGAGGAAACCAUUUAGGACUUUGUUCCAUAAGGAGCAAAGGGAGGGUGAGCAAGAACAAAGAUCAGGGAAAUCAGUUAAAAGGCAAUGGGGGUUUGAAGGGUUCAAGAAAUGGAAGAGAAAUGAGUCAGAAGAUGAGACAACACCUUUGCCUCAUAAUGAUAGUGAGGCCUACUCAGUUUCCUUUGCAAAGGGACUUGGAGAGGGACCAGACACCAAAUUAAUAAAGAAGAAGUUGCAUUCUGAUGGUUCCCCAUCUGAUUUCUUCAUAGAUAAGGUUUUGGGAGAUAAGAUAAAGAAGGAGUUGUCAAGAAUCCAGACAGAACUGAGCAGCACAAACCCAAAUCUGAAAUUUUCGAAUGAUCAGAUUGAAGCAAUUUCUACCAGAAUUCCAGUGGACAAGGCUGAAUUGAAAAAUUACUUUCCCAAAUCAUGGUGUGACCGAUACGGUGAUGUUGUGCUGGAUGUGGUGAAGAAAGAAUUCAAAGAUCAUGUUGCGGAAAUGGAGAACAUGCGCAACAUUGCUAGAGAAAAACACAGCAACUCUAGGGGUUGGACAACAACAACAUUUGACGAUGACGAAAACAUUCAUCCAAAUCUCUUUGGUCAUCGUGAUAAUAGUAGUAACAUCAAUCCAUUUUCUCGUGGUUACGCUUAGUUCAAGGUCUGGACCAGCUUCCUCUCUAAGGAGCCCAUCCGUACAGUAACCGUUAUAUUGUUGAGACGUAAAAUAAGAUUUGUAAUUACUGUCUCAAUUAUCGAUAAUAUCCUACUCUCAGCCAGGAUGUCAAUAUUGCUACUAUUCUAUCAAACAUUUCUAGUGAUAUAACUUUAAUUAAGUCA